CGUGGUAAACGCACGGAAUAAUGGCAAAUAAACCAAAUAAAGAGGAUGAGAACUCAAAUGAUUGGAAUCAAAGCGAUGAGGACGACAACUGGGACGAUUGGGGCGAUGGCGACGAUGAUGAUGACAAGUUUGUGCACGUUGAAAAGGAGCUGCAGCCGCAAAACAACAAAGCUGCAGAAGAGCAAUCAAACCCUUUGGGCAAAGCUUCAGUAGGGUCACCAGCAGCUCCGCCUGCGUCAGCCUCCUCCUCUGGCUGGGGCUUAUGGGGCGGCAAGUUGAGCUCUGUGCUGAGCACCGCCACGGAGGGUCUGGGCAACAUAACAACCCAGGUGAAUCAAGGACUAAAUCAGAUAAUAGGCGUGCCCGAUCCCGAGGAGCUGGCGCGAAUCAAUGCAGCCGAGGGGGUGGCCAGGCCCACAGGCACAGAGCAACAGACGACAACAGAAGCUGCAGCAGCUAUAGAAAAGCCCGAAGCUGGCGGCGCCCCAGCAUUUAAUCUGGGCAUUGUCACAACGCUGGGCUCCAAGGUGCUCAACACGGGCCUGGAUACGCUAGAGGGAAUUGGCAAGAAGACCAUGAACAUACUGCAGGAAAACGAUCCCAAAUUAAUGAACAAACGCAAAUUACUGGGACUCGAUGCGAACAAGCCUAACCUGAGCGCUGUGCUGCUCGAAGCCAAAAAGGAUGCGGAUCAAAUGGAGGAAUCGCUGCAACAGCUGCAGCUCGAGAAACAAAAGGCGCAACUGCGCUUCGACGUGCUUUUCGAGAACUACUGCGGCCUGGUGCACUACGAAGCGCUGGAAAUACUGUCCAAGGAGUCGCGUCUCAAGCUGGACACGCUGCUGGACGCGGUCAGCGGACAUGCGCUAAGUGAACUGCAGGAAACCAUUGGCGAGGUUCAGGAGCUGCUGGAGCUGGAGGAUGUGGAAUCCAACAGCGAGGGCGACUACACAGGUUCAGAGCUCAACGAUCGUUUGCUGGCCACCAUUACCGAUGCGGAGCUGGGCAUUCAAUUUGAUGAUGUGGCCAGUCAUUGGGCACAGUCUCUCAGCUGGCUGAGCUCCGAGGAGGCCACCUCGGCAGAUCUGGAACAGGCCUAUGCGAAGAGCAUCAACGCGCUCAGUGAAGCCUGCGCCCUGGAAAUGUGCAAGCUGCACAAAAUCGCUGAGCUGAUGCUGGUAAAGUCGCACCACAGCACCGCCAACGAGGUGGACGGCAUUGUGCAUCUGUGCAAGCAAUUCAAUGGACAUCUCCAGGGUCUAAGCCAACGCUAUGCGGCUUUGCUGAGCAGCAAAAGCGACGGAUCAGGCGCUGUGGACCAGGAAGAGUGCAAAGCUAGAGUCAACACGUAUUUUGGCGAAAUGUAUUCCGCUAUCGAGUACAUCAAAAAGGCCUAUAAACUCUUUACACCCAUUCUACAAAUGGGCGCGGUUUAGUCUUAUACCUUACGCUAGCUUUACCUUUGUGGUAAUACUAUAUUAAAAGCUUCAGUUUUCCUUUUGAGCUGGUUUUAUACGAGUUAAUGGUUUUUUCUAUAAAUAUAUAAUAAAUUCUCUUCGAUAUGUGAUACAUUAUUCAAA